AUGGAGAAAAUAAAUACGGAGCUGUUGAUAAGUUUAGUGGAAGCGAGACCCGCUUUAUGGGAUAAAACACUUGACACAUAUAAAGACAAAAAUUUAAAGUCGUCAGCAUGGAGAGAGAUAUGUUCUCUGUUAAAGGAGAAUUUCGAAGAUAUGGAACAAAAGGAGAGGCAGGCUUUUGGUAAGCUGAUUUUAAAAAAGUGGACAUACAUUCGAGACUCGUGGAUGAAAGCAUUGAAAAAACAUAAAGACCAAAAAACAAGUGGCACAUCGACCAAACCUUCAAGACUUUAUAUAUAUAAUGAGCAGAUGUCAUUCCUGAAAAAAAUUACAGAUUCAACUGUUUGUCAUGAAAACACUAAUAAUGAAAAUAACACCGAGAUAGAAGACUUGGAUGCAGAAGUUAUUGAAGAGAGUGUUCCACCUGAACAACCGAAUAUGGAAGCAAAUCAGUCUGGUAGUACUCCCAUCAGUACUUCUACUGCACGCAGAAAGAGGAGUAUUAAUGAAGUUGAUGCCAAAAUGAUGCGAUUCAUAGACCAUCAAAUCAACUUAUCCAAGGUUUCAACAGUCAAAGAGGAUGAAAAUCGUCAUCUUACAUUCUUCAAAAGUCUUCUUCCAUCAUUAUCAUCGUUUGAUGAAGAUGAAACUUUGGAAUUUCAGUCGAAUUAUAGUUUGAAUCAAAACGUAAGCCGUUUUUGUAAAAUCGGCACUAUAAAUUUUAGGUUGAGUGCGCCUAAUAACGCCAGCCGAGAAUCUUCCGAUGGCGUUAUUAGGAAUCGUAUGCCGUUGUUAGGAGUAUACAGGAAUUCGUCUAUUUUGUUUCGUAUAAGGCGCAAUGCCUCCCGAAAAAAAGACGUUUCUGGACUGAAGAAUCCCUAA